UCGUCUCCAUAGUAACGCGUGCUGCACGUGACCCGAUUCGUCGUGAGAAGGAAGAAGUGACCUUACUCGCAGCCUGCCACCAUCGCCGGGCGUGUGGCGUUCGUAGCCAUUGGGCGAGGAGGUCAGCCGACGCAAAACGCUGCGAUGUUCGUCGUUUAAAAUGGCGCUUGUGUACGCGUUCCUAGAGGACCAAGGAGUUGCUUCAGUGGAGUCAACCAGGACAUUUCGUGCUCACGAGGAUGCCUUCACGUCGUUGUCGGAAGAGCAGUUUGUCUCCUUCUUCCGACUGUCCAAAGCAGCAGCAACAGAGGUGUGUGAUGCCGUCCGGGAAGAUAUUCAGAGAGUGCAACGUUGGCGCAGAUCGACGCUCUCUGUUGAACAGAGGGUCCUCAUGGCUGAGAUUUUACGCCACUGGAGCAUUCCUCGGCAACAUAGGCAAUGACGAACACUUCGCCUGCAGCACCCACGCCGUGUCUGAGGCGAUUCACGACGUGAGCCUCGCAAUCAUCAAACGACUGGCGCCCAAAUAUAUGAAGUUCCCGACAACAGAUGAGGAGAAGCUUGAGGUGAAACGAGGCUUCUAUGAGGUGGCUGGCUUCUCCGGCUGUGUCGAUGCUAUUGACGGUACCGAGGUUGCGAUAAUGCAGCCCAGCCAAGGUGACCCACGGUUCGAUGAUUAUUGCCACAAGGGGUACUACGCUAUUAAUGUGCUAGCUGUUUGUGAUGCUUCACGUCGGAUUCUCUACAUGACUGCGAGAUAUCCUGGAUGUUACCACGAUUCAUCUAUACUCAACAUAUGUGAGCUGCGCCAGGCUGCCACGUCAGGAUUUUUCAAAAAUGAAGAGUGGCUAAUAGGUGAUAGCGCGUACCCUUUAGAACCGUGGCUCAUGACUCCAGUGAGGUCUCCGACAAACCCUGAAGAGACUGCAUACAACACGGCUCACACAAAGACACGCUGCUGCAUUGAACGGUGUUUCGGUGUACUAAAAAUGCGCUUCCGCUGCCUCCAAAGAUACAGGACCCUGCACUUUGCUCCUGAUAGAUCGUGCAACAUUAUAACGGCAUGUUGUAUACUUCACAACUUGUGCUUGGCAUAUAACAUGAAUGCUCCAACAGAGGGUACUGAAAGUGGCGAGUCCGAAGAUGGUGAAGAGGAACAUGCUCGACAAAGCUUCGAGGAACAAUAACAACACCAAGCAAGUAACCGGGGGCUGCGUACUAGGGAGCAGCUGAUAGCGCGAUGCUUUCGUUAAAUGAGUUUUGUUUUAAGGGCUAUAGCCCCACCACUUUUUCGUUUUGCGCUUUGUCCCUAUGACUGGCAUGUGCUUCGGUAACCUUACAGCUAGUGUUGCUGCAACUCUCGUAAUGAAAACAUCACGAGAAAUGCGGUAAAUGCUCAAACAUGUAAAUUAAGUUACAUUUUAUUGGGCUGUUUUCGUGCUCUCUAUUUACUUUUUACCAUACAGUGCCUCGUGUAUACAUAUACAGGAUUUGUAUGGAAACAUGGGCAUGACAUCGAGUGUUUCCCCAUGUAGGGAAUGUUUAGCAGUGUGUUUGUAACCCACCAUUGUGAAAUGAAUUUCGUCUUCCACAAACAUGACAUUUCUUUAUUAAUGGAAUAUUUGGACACUGCAAUAAAAAAAGAAAC